AUGUCAAAACAAGACUCAAAUAAAUUUGGUGAUAAUGACCAGAUACAGCCACCAUCACUGCCUGAUGUUAAUGCUGCUUCGUCAUCUUCAAUGUCACCACAACUACAAAAAAAUACAAAAAAGGCAAUGGAGUCAAUUGCUCCUAUGUUGGAAGGCUUUAUGCCAAAAACUUCCUCUUCUGAAAAUACUGCUUUGAAAUUACCUCCACCAACUUUACCAAUAACUAGUUCUAGCCCAGACGACACCAUUUCAGAGAUAGUCAGCUUGCAUGAUGAUCAAGCACAACUAGAUUCUUUGGAUAAAACUUUUAAUCAUUCAUUUUCAAAACCACAACUAUCUCCAACUGUUUCCUUACACGAUAUUACUAAUCAUAAACCAAACACGGGGGACUUAUUGGCUAUUCAGCACAAUAUUUCCGAGCAUAUUUUAUCUCCUGUUCCAUCCGCAGUUGCAUCUAGGAAGUCAUCUAUCUCUUCGAUGGGUAUUAGUCAGUCUAAUUCAAUACAACCCAUUAUUACUGCCAUUACUAACACAUCCACUCCUAUUCCCACUAGUACCAUUACCACCGCCACUGCUGAUGUGAAUAAUAACAUAUCCAGUACAAAUACUUCAGCUUGUUCAACUCCUAAAUUAACUUCUACUCCCUCUUCCUUUUCGGAUUCCCUUUCGAAUUUUAAUUCACAGCUUUCUGAAAACGAAGCUCCAACAUCUACAGUAACACAGUUCAAAUCUAAAAUUGGUAAACUAGGUGUUUGUGCUAUGGAUGCCAAAGUUUUAAGUAAACCUUGCCGUCGCAUUUUGAAUCGUUUGAUGGAGCAUGGCGAAUUUGAAACAAUCAUUUUUGGUGAUAAAGUUAUUCUAGACGAAAAUAUUGAAAAUUGGCCAACGUGUGAUUUUUUAAUCAGUUUUUUUAGUAAUGGAUUUCCCUUAGAUAAAGCCAUAAAAUACGUAAAAUUACGUAAACCCUAUAUUUUGAAUGAUCUAGUUAUGCAAAAAGUUUUGUGGGAUAGAAGACUAUGCUUAAGACUUUUAGAAAAGGGAAAUAUUCCUACUCCGGAAAGAUUGGAAAUUAGUAGAGAUGGUGGACCAAAUGUUACUGAUCCAGAUUUAAGCGAAAAAUUGCUGGAAUUGGGUGUUGAUCUUGCACAGACAACUAAGGAACCUUCCUGGAAAAUGCUUAAUGAUGAUACAUUGGAAGUCGAUGGUAAAACCAUGGUAAAACCAUUUGUUGAAAAGCCAGUUGAUGGCGAAGAUCACAACGUUUAUAUUUAUUAUCAUUCCAAAAAUGGGGGUGGUGGGAGACGUUUGUUUAGAAAAGUUGGUAAUAAAAGUUCUGAAUUUGACCCUAACUUGACCUUUAUUAGGACAGAAGGUUCUUAUAUCUAUGAAAAAUUUAUGGAUGCCGAUAACUGUGAGGAUGUGAAGGCGUAUACAGUAGGAGAAAAUUAUUGUCAUGCAGAGACUAGAAAAUCACCAGUUGUGGAUGGCAUUGUUCGUAGAAAUACUCAUGGUAAAGAAAUCCGUUAUAUUACCAAGUUGACUGACGAGGAAAGACAGAUGGCAGGCAGAGUUUCGAAAGUCUUCCAACAAACCAUUUGUGGCUUUGAUUUGUUACGUGUUCAUGGACAUAGUUACGUUAUUGAUGUUAAUGGAUUUUCAUUUGUUAAGGACAACAACGAAUAUUAUGACAAUUGUGCUAAAAUUUUAAGAGAUUUGUUCAUAGAAGCCAAAAAGAAAAUGAAUCUAGAAAAAAGAAAACUUCCUGCCAUUCAAGAGGAAAAGACACAAAAAUGGGUUUUUAAAGGUUUAGUUACUGUUAUCAGACAUGCAGAUCGUACUCCAAAACAGAAAUUCAAGUAUUCAUUUACAUCUCCUAUUUUCAUUUCUUUAUUGAAAGGUCAUAAAGAAGAAGUUAUUAUCAGGAAUGUUAAUGAUCUACAUAUUGUUCUGCAAGCUUUGAAAAUAGCUCGUCAGGAAAACCUGGAGGAUUCAACUAAGCUAGAUGUUUUAACGAAUGCUUUAGAGAAAAAAAUUGAUUUCCCCGGCACCAAGAUCCAACUAAAACCUGUUUUAAAUAAAGAAACUAAAAAUGUUGAAAAGGUUCAAUUUAUCUUGAAGUGGGGCGGUGAACCAACACAUUCGGCUAAAUAUCAAGCUACUGAAUUGGGCGAACAAAUGAGACAAGAUUUUGACUUAUUAAACAAAUCGAUUUUAAAUAAUAUUACUAUUUAUUCUUCAAGUGAAAGAAGAGUUUUAUACAGCGCACAGCUAUGGGCGUCUGCUUUGUUUGGUCAAAAGUUGGAUGACGAAAAUAAUAAAAAGGUUGAUGAAAUUUUAAUUAGAAAAGAUUUAUUGGACGAUAGUAAUGCAGCCAAGGAAUUAAUGGACAAAGUCAAAAAGAAGUUGAAACCAUUAUUAAGAAUGGGCGCAGAAGCACCACCACAGUUUACCUGGCCCCCAAAAAUGCCUGAGCCGUACUUGGUCAUUAAACGUGUAUGCAAGUUGAUGAACUAUCACAAGAAAAUUAUGGAACACAAUUUUGCUACCAAGGACGUUAAUCAUAUGCAAGCAAGAUGGUGCUGUGGUGAAGAUCCAAUGUUAUUUAAAGAAAGAUGGGACAAGUUAUUUAAAGAAUUUGUUAAUGUUGAAAAAGCUGAUCCCUCUAAGAUUUCUGAGUUGUAUGAUACUAUGAAGUACGACGCAUUGCACAACAGGGAGUUUUUAGAAAAUAUUUUUAGUGCUGAUGAUCAAGACUAUGACGAGAAUUUGGUUACUAGUUCCUUAGUUGAUCGUUAUCCUAUCAAUAUUUUGGCUAGAAAUAACUUUAAAAUUACUAAUGAGGAUAACACGGGUGGUAAUACCAUUGUUCCAAAAACAAGCAGAAGUGUUUCGAUGACUUCCAAUACGAGCUCCGUUACUUCAGUCACUGCCAGCUCAAUUGGUAGUAACACACCGACUACACCUACAAACACUGCUAAAAGCAACAGUGUCGGCUCUUUAGGUUGGGUUUUGGAGAGUGGACAUAACCCUGUGAGAAAGCCUACCUCUGCUUUUGAUGGUCCUAAAUUCAUUCAAUUGAGAGAGUUGUACAGACUUUCUAAGGUCUUGUUUGAUUUUAUUUGUCCUCAAGAGUACGGUAUUGAGGAUGGCGAAAAAUUGGACAUUGGCCUAUUAACAUCUUUGCCAUUAGCCAAGCAAAUAUUAAAUGAUAUCGAUGCAAUGAAGUCCAAGGAUGAACCGGCAUGUGUUGCUUAUUUUACCAAAGAGUCGCAUAUUUAUACCCUAUUGAAUAUUCUAUAUGAAAGUGGUAUUCCAAUGAGAAUUGCUAGGAAUGCUUUACCCGAAUUGGAUUAUUUGUCGCAAAUUAACUUUGAACUAUAUGAAAGUCUUGAUAAAAUCACGGGUAAGAAAUCGCAUGCCAUUAGAUUAAAGUUGUCUCCAGGUUGUCACACUCAAGAUCCUCUAGAUGUUCAAUUGGAUGAGAAACAUUACAUUAGUUGCAUUCCAAAAAUCUCCUUGACUAAGCAUUUAGAUGCAGAUUAUGUUACUCAGAAAUUGAGACGCAAGUUUACCAGGGUUAGAAUGCCCCAGAAAUUCACCCCUGUUAAUAUUACCAGUCCAAAUCUAAGUUUUAAGAAAUAUUCUGGUACUAUUAAAAGUUUAGAAGACGAGACUAAGGAAAAGCAGCAAAAAUUGUGA